AUGGCGGACGAGGAGAAGGACCUUACCGCAAUCGGAUCCUUUGUCUGGGCAAAAGUGACUGGCCACCCGUUCUGGCCUGGUCAAGUCGUUGAAUCCGGCCCAGGGAUCAAAGCAAGAUCGGGCUAUGUGGUAGUACGUUUUUACGCCUCGAAUGAUUUCGCUUCGGUCAAACCGACGAAUGAUCAACUCAAAGCCUACAAACCUGGAACCGUCCAAACGCCCGGCAAAAAGAACAGAAAGCUUUUGAACAAAGCAAUUCGGCAUAUUGAGAGAGCGAUGAAGGGAGAAAAGAACACAACAGACGAUGGACCAGCAGCUGGGAAAGCGCAAAAUAUGGACUCGGGAAGCUCAUCAAGUAGAAUUCGUCCAUCAAUUGUCCCUGCCGAUUCUACCUCACUGGCAACGAUACUUCCUCAAGCUUCGGGAAUACCAGCCACAACCGCAAAGCUUGGAUUCUUGGGUCUUGGAAUCAUGGGUGGUGCUAUGGCGAUGAAUUUACUCCGCACCGGCCAUGACGUUUCUGUCUGGAAUCGUACCGCGUCCAAGACGAUUCCUCUUCGAAACCGAGGUGCCACAGUUUACGAUACAAAGCGUCAAAUUGUUGAAAACUGCGACAUCAUUUUCGCUUGUGUUUCUGACCCUAAAGCAGCUCGAGAGAUAGUUUUCGGAAAUGGUGGUGUGUUGAAGUACAUGAACGAUCAGAAGGCGUAUGUGGACAUGUCAACUGUCGAUCCCGAAACAGCGAUUGCGAUUGGAGAAGCGAUUCGAAGCAAAGGAGGACGAUUUUUGGAAGCGCCUGUUUCUGGAUCUAAAGUGCCGGCAGAGCUUGGCGAGCUGAUAAUUAUGUGCGCAGGAGAUAGAACGCUCUAUGUGGAUUUAUAUAGCUGCAUGGAGGCGAUUUCGAAAAAGUGGUUCUUCUUGAGCGAAGUCGGAAGUGCCGCCCGAAUGAAGCUUGUUGUGAAUUCGAUAAUGGGCGCUCAAAUGGCCGCCCUUGCGGAAGGAAUGGCCCUCGCCGAGAAAUGCGACCUUGACCAAGUCACACUCCUCGAGAUCUUAUCACUUGGUGCGCUAGGCUCCAAGAUGGUCAAUGCAAAGGGAUCGGCGAUUCUGGAGUCGAACUUUCCACCAAAUUUUCCUCUUCGGCUGCAGCAGAAGGAUCUUAGACUGGCAGUGUCGCUCUCUGACAAGGUUCACCAGCCAAUUUCAGUUAUUGCCUCCGCGAAUGAGCUGUACAAACGUUCGAUGGCCGCCAACUUAGGUGAUAGUGACAUGUCAGCCGUCUACGAGGUCGUGCAUCAACGACAAGACAGCUCCAUGCACGAGUAA